AUGCCCAAGCAAUACACCUUUCUCGGACGCUCCCUACCCCGCCUCAGCGCCCGUCGCCUUUCCUUCCUCCUCGUCUGCUUCUCCAUCUUUGCCGUUCUGUCCCUCCUCAUCAGCCUGCCGAACGCCCUGUCGCCCGAUUCGCAGCUCACCAGAUACACCGAGCACAUCCCAAAGAUUCCCACGAUCAAGAAUCCAUUCGCCCAGAGCGUCCUCAACCCCUUCAAGCAACCCUCCCACCCGCCGCCGCGCCAGAAGAACGAUACCUACGAUGAGAGCUCCUGGUGGGCCGACUGGAAGUGGCUCUCCGUGCCCUUCUCCUCCUCCUUGACCCUCGACGAAGACCGCUCGCUGCUGCCUCCCUUGAAAGAGCGGCCCCCUAUUUACUGCUACUACGAUGCGACCAUCAAGAAGGAUGAUGCCGUCAAGGACGCCGAGAGCGAUCUGUUGCUCACCUGGAGGAGGGCAUGGUGGGCGCAGGGUUUCAGGCCCGUCAUCCUGAGCGCUGCCGAGGCCAUGCAGAACCCUCUGUUCCCCGACGUCCAGCGCGCCACCUUGGACCCCGCCUUCAGGGCAGACUUGAUGCGCUGGCUGGCCUGGGAGAACAUGGGCGGCGGCCUGCUGACAUACUACACAACGCUGCCCAUGGGCUCGCGCGAGGACCCUCUGCUGGCCUCGUUUCGCCGCGCCGAGUACCCCAAGCUGACGCGCUGGGAGAAGCUCGGCAGCGGGCUGCUCGCCGGGCCGCAGACCGAGGUGGCCGCCGCCAUCAAGGAGAUCCUGGCCAGUGACAAGGCCGCCGAGGCCAAGGACCUGCUUGCUAUUGUGUCCAAGAACACCUUCAUCAUCGACAAGAAGCCUGCAGCCAUCGCGUGGUACGACGCCAACACCGUUGAGGGCAAGUUCGCCAAGGUCGCCACGGCCAUUGUGGAGGAUCCGGCCAAGGGGCUCAGGAGCCUCAACCAUCUCAUCAACAGCCACCUCCACACGACGUGGCAGAACACGUUCACAAGCGGCAUUGCCGUCCUCAAACCCCUGCCCCACCACUCUACCUACAUGGUCACCGACGCCUGGGACCUCGCCGAGGACCUCUCCCAGUGCUCUCCCUCGCCCAUGGUGGCCUCCUGUCCGCCGAACAACCCAAACUGCUCGCCCUGCGUCUCGACGACGCCCAUGCACAUCGGCACCCCGGCCCGCUACCGCAACUCCUCGACCCUCUACACGAUCGGCACCGUGCCCCACCCCUACACAACGGCCGUCAUGACCCAGAUGAGCACAUCGAUCACCGUCCGCUGGAUCCGCCGCGAGUCGCCCCGCGACCCCUGGCUCGCCGCGGCCACCAUUGAGCUCCUCGGCGCCGCCGUGGGCGGUUCCCCGCGCGUCCUCUACUUCAAGGAAGCUGUCGGCGCCGACGCCUCGACGGCCUCGUCGCUCUGGCUGACGGCCGAGAAGCCCCUGACGUCGGCCCUCCGCGACGAGCUCGACUGGCACUUCGGCUUCGUCGUCCCCCAGGGCAUCGACAGGGGCCAGUCCGAGACGCCCGUGCCGGGCCCCGAGCGCCGGCCGAAGCAGGAGCACGACCCCGCCGACGGACGCGUCGCGACCGAGGCCGAGCUCGAGGCCGAGCCGCCGCUGCUGGCGCGCGCCGUGGCGGCCCAGCACGAGGAGGACGACGACAAGAUUGUCACGGUGCGCGGCGCCCUCGAGGCGUGGAACCUUGCCGACACGGAGGCGUGGCGGUUCGCGCGAGCCUUCUUCGCGCGGCGCGUCGCGGAGAGGAGGGGCUGGGAGGCCGAGGAAAGCAAGUAUGCCGAGGGGGCCGGGACGGAGAAGGGUCGGCGGCGCGGGUGGGGUGGGCGGUGGAUUGAUGAUGCGAAGAAGGACGACGACGACGACGACGAGAUUCGGGAGGUGAGGCGGAAGAAGAAGCUGGAGGAGGGCAAGGAGCCGCGGGACUGA